GCUUGUCCCUUUCACUUCGAUAUUUUCGUACGCGAGGUUGUCGGGAACGCACUUUUUAAAUUUUCGAUCGUUUUCGUUAGUUUUUUUAAAUCUAAAAAAAUGCCUGGCGGUUUCAAAUUUAUCGAUCGUUAAAUCCUAAUUUAUUGGAUCGAUGUCCAUUUUCGUAUGUGGAGGAGUUAAGUGGGGGAAAAAAGGACUUUUUCGCCUCGUUGAAUCGACAGGCGAAUGAAUUUUUUCCCCAGUUGAUAAUUCGCGAUUUUGUCUCGUCGUUUCCUUGAUUUUCAAUUUUUGAAAAUUUAUUUACUUUCAGUUGAACGAGCGGUUGAAAUGGGGCUAAUAAAAGCGCGUAAUCGAAUCUCCAUAAUUGGUCGAUCAAACACGAGCCUGCUUGAUCAAGAAUCUAUAACGAUUCAGUGCGAUUCGAGAGUUGGGAGCGUUGAUUUAGUAGUUUGAAAAGAAUCCACGACAGCGGGAAAUGUUGGUGGGUCAGAUCGGUAUGAAAAUCGGUUUAUUGCCGAUCGAUCGUCCGAUAAUUACAUUGCGAAUGAUGAUAAUUUGGCUGAGUUGUUCGUCGAUGAUAAUCGAGUCCACCGCCAUGUAUGCCCGAGCGAAAAAGCGACAAUCGUAUGAAUAUUACCCGAAAAAUCGGCAGGAAUCGGUAGAAAAAAGCGACUACGAGGACGCUGCAAACGGUCAGAAUUAUGUGCAAAACGACGGACAGCACGAGGAGACGAAUAUCGACGAAACGAUUCGGAAAAAUCGGCACAUUGAAAAUUUCGGAAACCAAAUAACCGAUUCUCGAUCGUCUGAGAUGACGAGAAUUUUGACGUUUCCGCUGAUGAAAAAGGACCAAAAUGGAAAUUCGGCAAGUGGUUUUGCACCGGGUAACCCUGCCGGGGAGUGCCUCGAGGGUGGAGUCGAUGCGGGAGUUAUUAAUGGAGCUGUAAAGAUCGGUAUCGGCUUUGGACUCGCAGCCGGCUGUAAGGACACGUUACAAAAGUACGAAGGUAAAUUUGGAGGCACGGAAUCGCCCCCUAAGAUGGUGCGAAUACCGAUCUUCAUACCUCGGCCGGUUCCAGUGCCAGUGCCAGUCCCUCAGCCAUAUCCGAUCGCGGUUGAUCGGCCAGUAGGCAUCCCCCAACCGAUUCCCUUCCCCUCGUUCAAUAUGCCAUCCCAUCAUCCGGUAAUGAGGCCGAUGCUACAAUUUCCGGGCCGGUUUAUGACCGGCAAAUCUUGGUUAUUUUGGAAGGGGAAAUAAAUGGCGCGGUCAUAAAAAUAAAGACGGAGCAAGAUGUAAGGAACGAGAGAUCGGAAGUGAUUAUUUUUUCGAUAAUUAUUUACAAUGUACGUGAAAUUAUGACGAAUAAAAAUAUCAUUUAA